ACCCCUUCCCACCGCUUUCCUUGUUCCCGCGUUCCCAUCCUUUGUUUCCCCACGUUUGCUGCAAUACUCCUUCCGAUCGACUUGGGGUCCUUGCCAGAGCUACCACCUCACCCAUCUCUCCCCACAACCGACCCAGCAAGGGCACUGGGACCAGAGCCUCUUAUCAGGGUCUCCUCUUUCCUUUCCUUUCUCUUCAUCCCCAUCACCUCUUCUAUUUCUCCAUCGUACGGCCCGAAAGACACAAGCCCGCAUCUUCGCCCCUCUCUACCUCACCUACUACUGCCGCCACCCAAUCAACCCCCAUGGCGCUCAACUUUUUGCCAGUGGGCAAGCCCUCCUACGGCAUGGCCACCCCACCCACUUCAAAGCCCUCACGGCCGCUCGCUCCCAUCAACACCACUACCACAACCAAGUGCACUACGCCUCGCAAAGCUUACUCGCCGCCACUCACCCCAGUCGAGAAGCCGGCCAAUCGACCCUUUGCAGAGACUGGCGGGAUGCCCUGGGCACCUGAGAGGAGGGAGAAGGUCAGACAGAGUGGUAUUUCGCGGCGUCAACAGGAUGUCAGCGACUUGAAGUCACCUCUGGACCGACGUGGGUCCAAGACGUCACAGGGUCCGCUCAUGGAGUGGUUCGCCUGCCGGGAGGAGGAGAGCGAUGAUGACGACGAGGUCAGCAGGAUGGACGGGCCUAUGCCUGCCAGAAGAUUAUUCUUCACUCCGGCUGCUCAAGGUACUUCGGGCAACUUGAAGCUCAAGGAGAGGCGGUCUGGAGGAGUGGAAGACAAGAUCUCAGAAGUCCACCAGCCACGACUGCUGCCUUCUCUGAUGCUCAGCCCUUCGCAAUCGUCUCGGAGGGCAGACACUCGACGCAGCCAGGUCCCCCAGUCAGCACAGAUGAGCAGAGCCUCCUCUGCAUCGUCUCGCAUGAUGGAUCCUCCCACUCAGGUCUCGUCGUCAAGCUCAACAUCUGCUGCGACUUCCACAAGUAUCCCUCCUCCCUCAUCCGUCGGUGCUUCGUCUUCGGCAGUCUCGUCGCUCUUGUCGCGCAGAAGGUCCACCCGCCAGGGCAGCCAGACUACCUCUUCCUCGCCCAUGACCCGUGUUCGAUCGAGCUCCAACGCCCUCGCCCUCUGCACCGACGUCCCGCCUUCUCUCAGCUGCUGCUCCGCCGGCGCAGCGAUCGGUACAUCGACUUCGGGCAGUCUGAUGUCCUCCUACCCCUCUUCGCCUCUCUCCACCUCCAUGGGUCGCUCUCGCUCCAACUCAUCCGCGAGCUCACAGAUGGACUAUCCGCUACCGCACCCGCACACUGCGGGUCCUUCGCCCAUGCUCACACGUCUGCAGUCCUCGAAACUCCCCCGCGGACGGUCCCGCUCCUCUUCCCUGUCCCUUUCCACCACGCCUGGCAGCGUCACCUCCCGCAGGGGAAGGACGAUGACUCCUGAUUAUUUUGGGGCGUGGGAGGCGAGCGUGCCUCUGGCGCAACGGAGGGGGAAGCGGGUGGAGAUUCUGCGACAGAGGGAAAGGGAGAGGGAGAGGGAGAUGCAGUUGGAGAGAGAGGCAAUGGAGUUGGAGAGAAAGAGGAGGAGAGUACUCAGAGAUAGUAGGAGGGGCGUUUGAGUAGGUGGGUGGGCGAGCGAGCAGGAUGGCGAUCCAUACGCCAACCGCCCCGCCCCACGUCAUCCCGCUUCGGUCCGUUGCCCUUCGUGCGCGAUGUUAUAGACUUCCAAUUAUAUACCGUAACUGUGUCCACCACCAUCUCUUGUGAUACCUGUCUGCUUCGUCGUCUCCGUAGGUGCGAUGCUUGGUAGAAUCGCGUGGCAGAGGUGGAGGCGGACGGAUGACUUGAUACGGAAGCACAGAAUUCUAUCCGCUCCGAUGAAUGCAGCCUUCCUUACUUCCUUCCACCGUCUCCUAAUAGCCAGUACUAGCACUCCCUCCCAAUCCCAAUCCAAUCCCAUCGAACUCCGGCAGACAUGGGCGGCGCAGCAUCCAAG